CAUCAUCAAUAACAUGUGAAAUAUCAUCUGAUGGUUAUUAUUUUAUAUCAUGUUCAUAUUUAUUAAAUACACAAGGACAACAAAUAAUUAAUUUAUCAUUAACAAAACAAAUUGAUAUUGUCAAACAAUUACAUAUACAUUUUUAUAAACCAAUUGAUCAUGAUACAAUUGGUUUACAACAAAUAUCAAUAUAUGGUUAUUAUGCAUAUGAUCAACAAAUGAUUAUUGAACAAACAAGUCAUCCAUAUCAAACAUUUAAUAUCAACUGUUUAUGUAAUCGUUGUACAGAUAAACAAUUUGAUUUAUUUAUUAAAUAUUUAAUUACAUAUAAUCAUUUUAAUAUUUUAUCGGAAUUAAAUUUUAAUGAAAAAAAUAUUCAUUAUUUAAUUAAUAAUAUGAAUCAAUUAUUUAAUAAUAAUAAUCAAUUAAUUAAUGAUCAAAUGAAACAAAUAAUAAAUCAUAUUUUUUGGAAAAUAAAAGAAAAUCAUAUAAAACUUGAUGAAAAUUUAUUAGAAUAUUUAUUAAAAAAUUAUACAUGGUUAUUACCAUCAAUAGUACAUCAUAAACCUAUAUUAGUUAUGAAUUAUACAGGCCUUAAUGAAGAUAUUCAAUUUUUUGUUUGGUGCGUGACUUUUGGGCCACCCUGUAUUAAUAAAAAUGAAACAUUUAUUGAAUAUUUUAAACAAUUAAAAAUAUGUUCAUUAAGUGUUGAAUUUCUUAAUGAAAUAUUAAUUAAUGAUUAUUUUAUUAAAUCAAUUGAAGAAUUAAAUCAACAAAUACAAUAUAUUAUAAAUAAAACAUCAAAUUAUUUAUUAAUUUAUCAUGCACUUGAUUAUUUAAUAAAAAUAAGUAAAUAUUCAAAUGUACAAAUAUGGUUUUCAAAAACAAUAAUUGCAUCAAAUAUAUGGAAAUAUUUACUUUAUAUAUUUAAUAAUCCAAAUAUAUCAUCAUUUAUACAAUCACCAUCGAUUUUAUUAACACAAUUAAUAACAUUAUUAAGAAGUUUAUCUAUACAAUGUCCAACAAAUCAAAUAAAUAUGUCAUUAAUAUCAUCAUAUUUAGCUUAUUUAACUGAACAACGUCUUGAACAAGAUCUUCCAUUACAAGGUUAUUUACAAUAUAUAUUAAGUGAAGUUGUACUUAAACAUGAAUAUAUACAAUGUUUAAUAAAUACACGUGAUUAUCCAAUAAAUAUACGUGAAUAUUAUUCAUUAUUUCAAAGAAAUUCACUUUAUCAUAAAUUAAUUCAAGAUUGUUCAAUAUCAAUGAAUAUUGGACAAUUAAUUGAAAAAUUAUUUGGUUUUAAUUAUUUACAAGCUAAUAUAUGGACAGCUACAAAUUAUAUUAAAAAUAAAAGUUAUUUAAUAAAAGCAUCAAGUGAACCAAUUAAUAAUAAUCAUAGAAGAAAAAUACCACGAGCUGAAUUAGUUUCAUUAAGAUCAACAAUACAAGGAAAAUUAACAACAAAAUCAAUUAGUUCAUUAACAAGUUUAACUAAACAUCCAAAAUUAUCAUUAAAAUCAACAACAAAUGAAUCAUCAAUAUCAAAAAAACCUUCAUCAAUAUCACCUAUAGAAAAUGUACAUUUUAUAUUACAUAUUAAUGGACAACAACGACAAUGUAUUUUACCUAAAACUACACGAUUAAGUGAUUUAUUAUUAUCAUUUGAUUGUCGAUCAUUAAAUACUUACGAAGUUGAUGUGAUUGAAUUUACUUUUGAUAAUCAUAUUUUAAUUAAUGAUGGUCAAGAAAAUGAAUUAAUUACACAUAAAUCAAUAGUUGCAAAUAAAGAUUAUCCAACAUUACUUGAUACAUUUGUUCAUGCAAAUGGUCUUAAAAUUCUUGCACAACAUUUUGCUCGAAAUUAUCCAUCAAUACAAUCUUAUGAUGAAUGUUUAACAACAUCAUCAUCAUCAUCAAAUACAAAUAUAUUUGAUAAAAUAAUUUUUUUUGAUUUUUCAUCAUUAGUUUCAACAUCAUCAUCAACAAAUUCUUCAAAUAAUAUGACAAUGCCAUAUUAUGUAUUUAUAACAAUUUCAAUAUUUCUUCGUUUACCAAAUUAUGCACGUGCUAUGUUAAAAAAUCGUUCACUUGCAUGUAAUAUAAUACGUUUAAUGCUUGGACAAAAAGAAUCAAUAAUAAAUGAAUAUCAAGAUCAAACACAACAUCAAGAAAAUUUUGAUAUGCAUUCAUCAAAUGAUUUAUUAGAUGAAAUCGUACAUUCAAGUAUUUUACUUUUAUUACUUUCAUGUUUAUCAUCAAUAACACGCCAUCCACAUCGUAAACAAAAUGAUUUAAUAUCAACAUCAUUAUCUAUUCCAACACCACCACCACCACCAACAACAACAACAAUAAAUAAUCCAACAAUAAUUAAUGAUAAUGAUGAUGAAUAUUAUGAAGAUAAUAUUGAACAAAUUGAAUCAACAACAAUACAACAAUUAAAUACAAUUAAUAAUAAUAAUAAUAGUAAUAGUACUAAUAAUACAAAUUCAAAUUUUUGGGCUAAAGGUACAGGUUUUGGUACAGAACAUUUUAUUUAUUUAUUUGAUAUAUUUUAUUCAAUAUUUUCAAAUAAAUUAUCUGAAGAAUUACUUGAUGAUGAUUUAACUGAAAUUAUGAAUACAUCAUGUCUUAUACCAGUACUUGAAUCAUAUUUACGUAAUGAUUCAAUAUUAGAUAUAUCAAAACAAGGUGAUAUACAUCGUUAUUGUUUACGUUUAGUUAAUUGUUUAUUAAAUAAUGAAAAAUUAAAAAAUUUAAUUUAUCAAACAAGUAAUAUUGAAUAUUUAAUUGAUAAUCUUUUACAAUGUGUACAAACAUAUACAUCAAUGAUACAAAUUGAUGAUGAUGAACAAUUAAAUUUAUUUUCAAUUGAAUUAAAACAAGUUUAUGAUAAAAUAAAACAAGAUAAACAAAUUGAAAAUAAUAAUUAUCAACAAGAAUUAAAUUUAAAUAAUAAAUAUGAAUUAAUAACAUUAGAAGAAUUUUAUUGUCAAACAAUGAAAUUAUUACAAUUUAGUACAUGUCCAAUAACAAUUGAAAAUGAAACAAAUGAUAAAAUUUUAUUUAAUAAAAAACUUAAAUAUCAUUAUGAAGAUAUUGUACGUGAUGCAUUAACAAUAAAUUCAAUGCAAAGAAUAAAACGUUUAGCACAAGAACAAAUAACAAUAUCAACAUCAUUACCAUUAUCAUUUAGUUCAACAAUAUUUGUACGUUCAGAUGAAAAUCGUAUGGAUAUUAUGAAAAUAUUAAUAACAGGUCUUGAUGGUACACCAUAUUCAAAUGGAUGUUUUAUAUUUGAUGUUUAUUUUCCAAAUCAAUAUCCAACAACACCACCAUCAAUUAAUUUAGAAACAACAGGAAAUCAUACAGUUAGAUUUAAUCCUAAUUUAUAUAAUGAUGGGAAAGUUUGUUUAAGUAUAUUAAAUACAUGGCAUGGUAGACCAGAAGAAAAAUGGAAUGCAACAUCAACAUUUUUACAAGUUCUUGUCUCUAUUCAAUCUCUUAUAUUUGUACCUGAAUCUUAUUUUAAUGAACCUGGUUAUGAACGUACACGUGAUACAGCAACUGGUACUGCUCAAUCACUUGAAUAUGAUGCUAAUAUUCGACAAGCAACAGUUCGAUGGGCAAUGCUUGAACAAUUACGAAAUCCUCCUGUAUUUCUUUUCUGA